AUGGCGUAUCAACCAAAGAAACCGUCAACCCUCCGUGUGGUUACCGAACAGACCGACACCGAAAUGACAGAUGUCCCGGAUGGAGCUAGCUCUCCUACCUGGAGCGAGUUAGGAUCUCCCGACAUAUUCAGAAGCAUGCCUCAACAUGAGUUUGCAGGUUAUAUGUGGGAACAUCAUGGUCUCGUAAUGCAUUCGCCACAACCUGAUACCUCCACGAUCGAGAAGACAUCCCAUCUCAACAAGGGCAACGCUAACAUUGCCAGUUCGACAUCUAGAGAUUUGCGCCAGGUCAGCAGCGGAAGUGGCAGUGCAACAGCAUCAAGUCCAACGUCCAUCGAUACUCCUUCCUUAGCAGCAGCAUCCACGAGAACUGCCAGUGGAGCCGCCGUCAAGUCGGCCGGAUCGAGUAGCACUGCGGACAGCCCUAGCAGCGCCGACAAACAUGACCGCACUACGGAACUGGUAGAAGAACUCCCCACGGAAAUAAAAGGGCGGGAUUUGCAAGAGAUGUUGCAAGACAUUCUGCAUCCUCGAAUCAACGCUUUCGCACCACACAAGACAGUAACCAGAGGUGGUACACACAGCCUGUCACGUAUUUGGUUCACACGAAAACACCCCGAGCAUUUCACCAUAUACGGGGCAUUACAUUCCAAGUCGGGUGUUCGGGACUUCCAGCAAAAGGAACAUGUGAUCCCCACACCAUAUUGGAGCUGGCUUAGGAGCAAAGGCGACCCGCCUCAAUUAGAGAUGCCUCCUUCUAUCAAAGGCCACGUCAAGUUCACUGGAAACAUUGACAAAUGCCGUACGAACAUAAAGAGCAGCUCGUCUGAGACACACACUAUGUUCGAAUUGGAUCCAAAUUCGUACACGACCCAGUCUAUCACUAGCGAUGAUAUUGUACUGCCUAGUCCGAUAGCAUCUCCAUAUACUCUUCCUCCUAACUUGAUCAACAUACCUACUCCUAUUCGGACCCCAGGAAUAUCUGCCAAGUUUGGAUUAAUCCUGUCGCUUGAGGACGGCCCAGACGCUCCAAACAUCGUAUCUGUGCUUCGGGAACCCCCUCUCGGCGCCUUCAUCGUUGUCGCAGGUGAUAAGUCCUCUGGCGAGAUGUCACGAGAUUGGCUGCUCGAACAGUCUCCUACCCAUUUCGUAAGGGGACAAGACGGAAACAUUAUCAUGAAGAGAGGAGGCGAUCUACAUUGCUACGCCCACAGUGGAGGUGGAAUUUGGAAGAAGAUGCAAAUUUCCGAAGAUUACUGGAAUUGGCUAGUGAACGGUCCUACGCCCAAGAGACCACACGUACCUAUCCUACACGAAUCUUCCCUCCGUCAGUGCUUGAUGACUACGACUCCAGCCGCCUCAUUCCGGGCAAGUCGACCUACCGUUCAGUACGAGCCUACCGUUAGUGCCCUGGAACUUCACAAAACCCCUAUGUUUAGAAUGGGGCCUCCGCUUGAGAUCCGUGAACUCAUAGACCACCUCCAUUACCCCCGGGAUGCAAGAGGCAAAUCGGCUUUCCACGAAUCUGGCAGGCUGAGCCGUAAAUGGCUUUUAUUUAUUUUCCCUAAAUUUUUUAUCAAGGGUAAAGAUCUUGGCGUGAAAGCUACGGUCGCGCUUCGACGCUUCUCUGCUCAAGACCUAAAGAUGGAUGAUACCUACUAUGGCUGGAUCCAUAACACACCACUGCGCCAGCAAGAUUACUUUGCGGGUACCACGAACAAAUUUCCCACGAAGCAGUAUUUUGAGUACAAGACGGAGCAAAAGAGCCAGGCUCUAGACGAGAUGCUGGAGGAGGUCAAGCGUGGUCUAACCAACUAA